UGCGGCGGUGCAAACUGUUAGGGAAUUCAGUGUACCUUGGAGGACAUGAAAGGGGGAGGCGAACGCGUUUUGUUUUGGAGACCUCACGGGAUACACACAGCACGCGCACCGAUAGAGAGAAAGGACCAUUAGCCAUUGUCGUGGGGAAAUACGCAGAAGCAGUAUUCCAUGUCUCUUCUCUGCCCUGUUAUUGAUGGGAAACCAACUGGACCGGAUCACCCACCUGAACUACAGCGAGCUACCCACCGGGGAUCCAUCGGGCAUCGAGAAGGACGAGUUGCGUGUUGGCGUGGCGUAUUUCUUUUCCGAUGAGGAGGAAGAGCUGGACGAUCGAUCGCAGUCGGACAGCUUUAAAGACAACAACAGCCCGAGCAAAGACGGUCCGGUUGCACUCAACGAGAUCGAGUACUCGGCGUUCUGCUGCCAGGAAUGUAUAUACUCCAAACUGCGAGAGAACGAGGACUUGAAUGUUUAUUCGGUGAAAACUUUAUUGACCAUAUGCAAAACCGGGGAUCUACUGGAGUUAGUGGCCAACGCACAACCCCCGCACUGGGUGAUCUUUGAACGGGAUGACCAGGUUAUUCACCUCUACAAGGGGGAGAUCCGCAAGGACAGCUUGUUUGAAAUCAGCUGCGGUCGGCAGGGCAGGAUAGUGAACAAUAGGUAUCGCUACCGACCGCUGCCGGCUGAUUUGGUGAUGCAGAACGCGAGCGGGCACGUGGGGCUCAGUAGCGGCGAGAUUUGCUGGACGAACUCCGAAAGUUUCGCCGCCUGGUGCCGUUUCGGCAAGCGGGAGUUUAAAGCGGGCGGGGAGGCGCACUCGGUCGAGCAGCGCUAUUUUCUGAAAGUGCACCUGUCCGAGAGCACCGCGCACACGCUCAUGUUCCGCAGCCUGGAGGAAAUGAUACGCGAGAGACGGCGCGUGGACGCCAGUGGCAUUCUGAAGGAGCUGUCGCUGGUGACUGGGAAGGAAUGAGCGCUUGGGACUAUGCAUGCCUUGGGCAAGGGCUGCUUACCUUUAUUUCAGGACUUUGGGAGGAUUGUGCGUAUUUGUGUUAACCUGUUUUGGCAAAGACAACGCCCCUUUUGAUUGUGCUGUGAGAUCCAAUGGCCCCACUAAAGUCACCCUGUACCUUUUAAAAAGGGGAAAAAGAUAAAACGGUGUGAAAAAAGGUGAGCCCUCAUUACAGAUCGCCCAUGAACCGAUACAUCCCCCUCAAAUUCGCACCCGAGCCCUGCUGCGGCAGAUGGUGACCACGAUGCGUUCAUAUGUCUGUGGCAAGCCGUUUUGACACUUAUUACUUAAGACUAACUAGCAUUUGUUUUUGUUAGUAAUCAUCAUUAUUCACCAGUAACUAUUCAAACGGUUUCUAGUAUAGAUCUCCAGUUGUUCUAGCAACAUUUGAAUAGUUACUAGUAGUGUGUAUUCCAGUUGUUACCAGUAACAUUUUAAUCGUACUAUUAAGAUGUCCGUUUCAUUACAUAUGCCAAAAACAAAUGUUACUGGUGAGAUGAAGAAUGUUACUUGUAACAGUUGAGAUCAAUUGGUACUAGUAAACUAAAUAUGGAUACUAGUACCUAAUUAAUUGUUACUAGUCAAAGUUUAAUAGUUUGUAACUAAACCACAGAUCCAAAAUUGUACCAUGAAAUAGGU